AUCAUUACACAAACAUACACCUUUUUGUACAUUGUCUUAGGAAGGAAACCGUAUGCAGCCUCCGCCUAAAGACGUCUGGUUACCGGGGCGGAGCAAUCAGUGCGGCUGGAGUGUGUGUGCCACACGGGAGACAUGGCACUGCUUGCCAGGCUGAACUGCAGGGAGUACAAGAACUGGAUGAAGGCCGGCCAUUGCCUGCUGAUUCUGCAGAGCCGCCUGCAGGGUUACAUAGACGGGGAGAUGCAGAGGUUUCACCAGCAGCUGGGCACCAGGGCGCCCAGACAGAGGAGGAGAUGUCAGUGCCGUGCCAGAGGGAAGCAGUUUGAGCCCGGUUGUCCAGUGUGUGCAGCGUGGAAAGAACUCAUUCUAGCUCACCAUAACAACAGAAAUGGAGAAAUCUACUGGGGAAACAGCAACCCGUCACUGUGGCCUACACAAUACUGGGAAGUGGCUAAGGUGUAUAUGCCACGCGGACAAGCCCAGAUCAGAGGACCUGAGCAGUGUGAUGCAGCAGCUCUUCUCAACCUGAUAAAUAAUUGUGAUUAUUUCAGAGUACCAAACAUAUCGAGGGUUAGAGAGAUAAUAAAGUGCCGAAAUGAGUUGAUGCAUUCUUGUGAUAUGACGGUCUCGACUCCUUGGUUAACAGCCUUUGGACAAAAGAUGUACAAUCUAGUUACAGAAUUGAAACAUGUGCCUGGCCUUGUAAGAGAAUGUGACAAAAUGCAGAAGGUUCUCUUGGCGGAUUGGAACGUUGAAGAUUUAGGCAUAAAUGAGUUUGAUGGACUACCUCCUGAAGGAAAAAUGGUUCUGCAGGGGCCUGUAGCGCAAAUGCAGGGGCCUGUAGCGCAAAUGGCUGCCAGUUUAUCCAGUUUAUCUCCAUAUGAAGUUGAGAUACAAUUGAUAAAGGAGCUGAUCCAAGAAAUGUAUCUAGAGAUAGAGGAACAGAGUUCACUGACUAAAGAGGAUGAGGACAAAGUCAGCAAAAUAAAGAACUUCCUGUGCCAAAAUGAAGAUCUCAAAUUUGCUUUCCAAAAAGACAUAAAGAAGCUUGACAGCUUGUGUAAGACUCAUGAUGCAGAAGGCUGGAGUUACACACGGCUGUCUGCUUCAUUUUUCACGGUGUUUAGUUUGGUGAUUUUAACAGCAAUUUUUUUAGGUCAAAAAAACUGAGGCCAGAUGUUAACGUGUAUAGCAAUGGAUUGAAGAGUCUCCACACAGCAUUUUGGUGUUUUUGUAAUUAUUGCUCUGUACUACAGAAGCGCACGGCAUUAUCAUGAUGGAUAAUGCUGUGUGCCUCUGCCUGACCUUUCUAUAAUGGAAUCAUACUGACGGCUUUAUCUCAGUAUGGUUCUGUCACAAAAAGGUCUGACAGAGGCACACAGCAUUCAUGAUAAUGCCGUGCUCUUCUGUAGUCCAGACUGCACGAUCUCUCUGUCCCGGAGCGUGAUUCCCUACAAGGAAACGCUCAUGUGAAAGAGCCCUUAGGGUACAACUAUCUGUGGCAGCUCUGCUGCAUAAAAUUUCCAUAGGAUCUGGCUGGUUUUUGCAGCGGCAUUGUGGGGUUUCCACUGUUUUCUCCCUUUGCAUUGCAAAAGUUGGACGCUAUGGGUAAAACCUACAGCAUGCAUUGAUAUUCUGCAGACUGAAAACCCGCAGCGCAAGCCGCUUUACACCGCAGUUUUUUUUUCUGCAUGAUAUGGAUAGGAUUUCUGAAAUUUCAUCCACUUUUCUGGUGCUGUGAAUUUUCCCCAUCCUGUUUCACUGUGGAUAAUUGCAGCAUUUAUGCUACGAGGGUUGCCAACCGGAAUCUUUCUUUUUACUGGACAAGUUAUGCAAAAAUCACAGAUAGACAACAUUUUUUACUGACAAAUUUAAAAACCAUAAUGAAUAAUAAAAAUUCUAAGUAAUACAUUUCUAUAAGUUCAAUAUACUGAUAAAAACUCAUUACUAGUGUUAAUUGGAAACUGUGAAUUAAUACUAAUUACCACAAAGAUAACCUGCUCAAGUACCAUCAGCCUCAAAACAAAUCACGGACACAGGACAAAAGUUGCCUAUUUUUACGGACUGUCCAGGAAUUUCUGGACGGUUGACAACCCUGGUGUGACUGUAUCUGAAGGCUGCUCCGAGCAGAGAAGAAUGGUUCACUAGAACACUAGUCCUGUCUCAUCUGUAUGUGUCUCACUUAUGACCGACAUAAUAGUCUUUACAGUAGUGGUGUACCAGGAGCUGCCAAACUGUGGAAUCUGAUUGGUUGUUAUGGGCAGCUAAGCCAGUUUUCCCUUAUACCACUUUUGAUAAAUCUCCCCCAAUGUACUUUAGGUAUAUCUACUGAAUGGGACAUCUACCUCAUAUUUCCACUAUGUUUUCUUAGGCUCCAUUCACACGUCCGCAAAUGGGUCAGUAUCCGUUCCCCAAUUUUGCGGAAUGGGUGCGGACCUAUUCAUUUUCUAUGGGGACGGAAUGGAUGCGGACAGCACA